UCAGAUAGAGCAAUGGCGUUAAAAUCUUGGUGUAACUCUUCCUUCCUGCCCUUUUCUCGCAGAAUGUCAAUAUAAUCAUCAAUAUGUUGUCGAUAGUUUUACUGUUUGGUUUUAUCGAGACUGUUUCUGGAAAUAGCACAAUAAUUCACCCAAGUGUGGCUGCGAGAUCAAAGUCAUCAUCAAGUUUAACCUUUAUAUAUAUCACCAGAGUAACGACGAGCACAAGUUUUAUCAAUUCGUCUGUUAUAAACCAACUUGAAGGUAAUGGGAGUCGGAUCCAGCAGGCGAAAAAUACCUCAAUGACGACGCAAUUCUUAUCUCCUACCACCUCAACACAAAUACAGAAGACAGAAACAAUGACAAGAACAUCGGACAAAUAUAACAGUCGUAGUGCAAUUAUUGCAGCACAAAUUUCUCGCCAUUCAUCAUCAGCAAAGAUGACUAAAAAAAUGACCAUUUCAUCAGAUCCUACCAAUUUCAUUCCAUCAUCAACAGCCGCUGAAAAAUCUCGUCACACUGUCACAUCAAUUGUUCCUGGUUCAUCAAGAGCAAGGUUGAAAACGACACCAACAGCAAAAACAUGUACAAACAAAGAAAAAGUUUUUGGGUUGCAUGUAAAACCUGCGACAUUGGUAGAUGUGUUUUAUGGAACUUUUGCAGUAGCACUAUCGUGCAUUAUCAUCCUUAUCAUUGUCUGUUGCUGUUGGAAAAGACAAAUGAAAACGCAGAAACAAAGGCAAAACACAACGUUGUUUAACCCGUAUGCGAAUCACGUCGUAGGUUUUCCUUCGCCACUUCAACUCGACACGUUUAAACCUGAAUCACCUUACGACACACCGGAGCUCCUGGACUCCCUUCCGGAUGUUUCCUAUGUCACUGUGGUGGAUGGAAACGAGUCAGACCCCCAAUAUGCAGCAGUAAAAAACGGAACCGUUCAAAGUCUUGGGGAUGGUGAGUCACGUGAUGAACCACAACCAUCACCAGCUUACACAAAUGCUAGUGUGUUUCAAAUAGAACCGUACCAAGAACUAAUGGCAAAUAAUCGCGUCAAUGAAGACCACUACACUUCGUUAAUCAAAACAGACAAAAAUGAAAAAAAUGAAGACGACGUAUCUGUUUAAAACACAUGAUUUUAGAAAAGCGAACAAUAUUGAUACAUAAAUUGAUACAUAUUUGCUCUAGUUAACGUCAAGACUAAAAGACGUCUUAGAAAGUUCCUUGCGAAUACUGUAAAUAAUCGGUUCGGCCACAACAGUUGUUGAUGAACGGGAAGGUCGAUUUCACUGCCGGUCUACCAAUAUGAGAAAAUACAAACUUACAAAAUUUUUGCUUGUUUGGUGCAUUCAUGCGUGAUGUAUCGAGAGGUGUUCAUAAUCGUUAAUGAUGAUCAGCGAUAAUCAAUAUUAUAUAUAAAGAAAAGUCGGAAUUAUAAUAUUCUUGAGGUAUUUUUAUGCGAAUUCUACAGCGUAAUUUUUGGCACAGAGUCGUGUUAGUUAAAGAAUAUAUUAUGACAAAUUAUGAGCAAGAUUAAAGUUAUACUUCGACGAUAUUAUUCUUUUCUAAGGCAAGAUGAACGGUGAAAUAUUAUACUGAUCUAGUUUUCCUCGUAUUCAAUACGAACAUUUAGUGAUACGGUCCACGCAAGAUUUUACU